UUCAAUCGUUUGAUAAUGAAACUCCAAAGUUGUGCGCUGUUGCUCGCGCUCGGCCUCGCGCUGGCGUCCUGCGAGGAUGCGAAGUCCGCGAAGGCGGCGGAACCGAAGGACGACAAAGUAGCCGCUGCCUCCGACAAAAAGGAGAAGCGUGGACUUUUGGACCUCGGUUACGGCUUCGGCGGCGGCCACGGAAUCGAAUUGGGCGGCGGUCACGGUCUCGAACUGGGAGGUCUUGAAUUGGGCGGUGGACACGGUCUCGAACUGGGCGGCGGUUAUGAAGGACACGGCGAAGUCAAACACAUCACCAUCACCAAGGAAGUUAAGGUGCCCAUCCCUCACCCAGUGCCGUACCCAGUUGAGAAGAAGAUCGCCGUGCCAUACCCCGUUAAGGUGGCCGUACCAGUCGACCGUCCUUACCCCGUGCACGUGCCAAAACCAUACCCAGUACAUGUAGAGAAGCCCGUACCGUACCCAGUCGAGAAACCAGUGCCGUACCCAGUUAAAGUACCAGUCAAAGUACCGUACCCAGUUAAGGUGCCAGUACAUAUCCCCAAACCAUACCCAGUUCCAGUUCACAAGCCAGUACCUGUACCAGUUAAGGUACCAGUCUACGUCGAGAAGAAAGUACCAGUUCUGAUCAAAUCUCAUGGUCAUGAAGGGUUCGAUCUUGGAGGUCAUGGUUUGGAAUUGGGAGGACACGGUUUAGAUUUGGGCGGUCACGGUUUGGAACUUGGCGGCCAUCAUUAUCCAGUACCUGUACCAGUUAAGCUACCAGUCUAUGACGAGAAGAAAGUACCAGUUCUGAUCAAAUCUCACGGUCACGAAGGGUUCGAUCUUGGAGGUCAUGGCUUGGAAUUGGGAGGACUCGGUUUAGAUUUGGACGGUCAAAUUUGGAACUUGGCAGCCAUCAUCAUUAAAUUAGGGAGAUUUUAUUUUGUAUCCAGUCAGUUGCUGUUCAGGUUUAUGUUGAUGUGCAUCGAAAUGAAGAAGUUCGCUGUAGUUUUUGCAAUCUGCUGUUGCUUCUUAACGGCACAGGCAAGACCAGGCAUCCACGGUGGGGGUCACGGACUUCAAGGAGUGCCAGGAAUAGGAGCGUAUGGUAAAGUGGAAUUCCCAAAAUUCGACAUCCUGGAACUGGGAGAAUUCUCCAAAGGCAGCCUACCACCAGAAACCAUAGUCAGCAACAAAGAAAUCGUCAUCAAAGAACCUCAACCUUACCCAGUCAAAGUACCACAUCCAGUACACGUACCGUACCCAGUCCACAAGCCUUACCCUGUUGUACAAACUAAAAUCAUAAAGGUACCACAACCAGUACCCUACGAAAUCGUCAAGAAAGUACCCGUACCAAUCGAAGUACCAAAACCCUACCCAGUGCCAGUUUCGAGCCACGGUGGCUCAUCUGGAGGUUACGGGGGAGGUUACGGUAACGGUAUAGAACACCAGUCUCUUGGAGGCAACGAGGGUGGCUAUGGAGGAGGUUCCGACUACGGUAGCGGUUACGAGGGUGGUUUCGGACAUGAAUCUUCUGCCGGAACUUCAGGCGAGGGACAAGGUUAUGGGGGUGAACAGUUUAACAACUAUGAAAGUGGAGAACACACUGAAAGCGAUCAAUCGCAAGGUUACGCCUCCGUUGAACAACCUGAAUCUGCGCCAGUCCAAGAAGAACAAAAAAACUAAAAAAAUAAGUAUUAAUUUAGACUGUUGUUUUUUAUGUUUGUUGUUUUUUAGUUUUACGUAAAUGAUUGAGUUUUCAAUCUAGUCUGUGUUUGUAAUAUAGUAUUUUUUU